AUGGGUUCCGGAGAUUGGUUGAAGACGAUCAUUACCCUGAAGAAAAUAAGGUCAUCAAAGUCAAAGAAUUCCAAGGUUCAAGACCAUAUUCUAGUAUCAGCGGACUAGCUCAUGUUCAUCACUGGUUUUUAUCAUUGACCGCUACUAGUUUGUUGUGUAAACAUUUUUUCAUUAAUUUUGAAGUAGAGGAAUAUUUCUUGAAUUAACGAGCUUUACUUAUAUGAUUUGAUCUUGGUUUUGGCGGAUGAGACUUGUUGUAAAAGGCCGAGAAGAAUCUUUAGUCGUUGUUCUUCAGAUCCUGCUGCCAAGCCAUAUGAAUGAUUGAAUCUGAUGAUGUAGAUCACGGUGGCCAACCAUUUUCCAUCCGCUUCAGUACCAAAAAAAAAAUGUCGGAUGAGCAUUUUUAUGUGUUUAUUACGGUUCAAUGCUUUUCCAACAGCUGCAGAUUACGAGAUCUUGCUGAAAAUAUUCUCGAAUUCUUCCAAAAUUUUGAUCUGUAGCACCUGAACUUACCUGAAAUUCGCCCUUCAAAUUAUGUGAACUAUGAUCUCUGUUCUAUAGAUUUUCUCCCAUUUUCUCUCAUUUUUAUUUUUAUUUUACUGAACAGGAUUUGACAGCUGAAGAAUCUAAUGGGUUCAAGUCGAAUGAAUCUGGAGAAAAUCCAAAUAAACUCAGCCGCAAGGCAUCUGGCGGUGUUUCUGGGAUUUCAGAUGAGGGUACUGCGGCAACACGCAUUCAGACAGCAUUCAGAUGCCACAAGGUAGGCUGGGAUGGAGAGCCGAUCAAGAACACAGAUACUAUUAAUUAGUAUUUAAUCAACAAUCGUUCAUUGUUUUCUUUUCGGGUGCAUUCAGCUGAUUGCUGUGGUUUCUUUAGCCUAACACCAUACAAUAUAUAUUUCAAGAAAUCUGAAGCUGCCAUUAAUGGCGGUUCAUCUGCUUCCAGGCGCGAAAGAUCUUGCAGUCGUUGAGAGGUGAGAAGAGAUUGAGGGACUUCGCUCAGGGGGAUCCCGUUCGUGGGCAGGCAUCCAGCACCAUGAGCUGCGUGCAGUCAUGGACGAAGAUUCAAUCUGAGAUAUCUGCUCGUCGCCGUUCGCUGGUGAUCGAACGCCGGAGCAGGGAAAAGAGGUUUGACAGCCAGUCAAAACCCGGGGAUAAACUGCAUGAUCCAGAGGUAGAAGAAGAACCAUCUAAAUAGGACAAAAAAAAAAAAAAAACAGAUGCACACUGAACAGGAGGAUGUUCUCCAUAGUUCGUGUUUAGGUUUUUUAGUUUUAUGGGGAAAACUCUGAUUUUUCUUGCUCUAAAUUUAGUUCCUGUUCGAACCCAUUAAGUCUAAAUCUUCCCAUUUAUGGAAAUGUCCGCCAUGGUGCUGCAUUUCGGAACUCAUCAGCUGGCGGAGUGGCGCGGAGGGCCUGAAACGAGGGAGGAGAUGCUCGCGCGGACGCGGCAGAGAAAGGAGGCGGCGGCCAAGCGGGAGCGGGCCAUGGCCUACGCCUUCGCUCACCAGGUCGGUUCUCGAAUCCGAUCCCUUCCCCGUUAUUCGCUCCCCUCUGAGUUUCCGUCGUCGUUGACAGUGGAGGGCAAACGCCGGAGAGAAGAAGCUCGGCCACCAAUUCGUCUACGAGCAAGGAGAGGACGGCUGGAGCUGGAGCUGGAUGGACCGCUGGGUGGCAGCGCGGCCGUGGGAGCCCCGCCCCCCUCAGCCCCCCGCCGCCGCCGCUGCCGAGAAACCGUCGCCGGCGAAGACGACGAGAAAAGACGGCCGGAGAACGGCCUCCGCUCGGGCCAAGCCGGCCGCAACGGUCGGGAAACCGGUGUAG